AUGACUUCACUGACCCAAAAAGCAGACGACUAUCUCCGCUUUGCGCAGCAGCGGUACGAAACUAGUCGCCCAAGGUCGAAGGCCCAGCAUCAGCGCGCUACAUCGCACCUCCCGGGUGGAAAUACCCGAUCGGUGCUGCACGCAACGCCUUUCCCACUAUGCAUGCAAGCUGGCAAAGGUAAUCGAUUGGUUGAUGUGGACGGAUAUGAGUACAUCGACUGUAUGGGCGAUAUGACCGCCUGCCUCUAUGGCCAUUCCCACCCGGUGAUUAUGGAGACUGUGGAUUCGACCAUGAAAAGUAUUGGGAUGAACCUCGGUUCUUCAACUUCAGCAGAGGCUCAUUUCGCCGAAGCACUAUGCGACCGAUUCGCCUCCAUUGACCACAUUCGCUUCUGUACCUCGGGUACGGAAGCUAAUCUCUACGCUUUGAGCGUAGCACGGCAAUCCACCAACCGUACGAAAGUUAUUGUUUUUGAAGGUGCAUAUCACGGCGGUGUAUUGUCAUUUUCCCACGGCAUUGCGCCGAAUAAUGUGGACAAGGACGACUGGAUUCUUGGGCAAUACAAUGACAUCGAUGGGGCAGUGCAAUUGAUUACCGAAAACAAGGACAUUGCCGCCGCGGUUGUGGUUGAGGGGGUGCAAGGCGCUGGCGGGUGUAUACCGGGAUCUGCCGGUUUCCUCCAUGCUAUACAAGAUGCUGCAAGAGAGAAUGGCAUUAUCUUCAUACUUGACGAGGUCAUGACUUCGCGUUUGGCGCCGGGCGGACUACAAUCUAUCCUGCUGCAUCCGGACCACGGCACCCCCCUCAAACCAGAUUUGACCACUUUUGGGAAAUGGAUUGGCGGGGGCCUGAGUAUCGGUGCGUUCGGUGGGCGACGAGACCUGAUGUCGGUUUAUGAUCCGCGCACAUCGAUCAUCCACCAUUCCGGGACAUUCAAUAACAGCACACUUGCUAUGAACGUUGGGUGCAAGGGUCUGACCUCGGUGUACACCCCCGAAGCAUGUACUAGCCUGAACAACCUUGGCGACGAACUCCGCAGUGGCUUGCAGGAGCUAGCAAAGGGCACGAAAAUGGUUGUAACCGGGUUGGGUGCAGUGAUGAAUAUCCACUUUGUUCGGGCGAGCGGAUCGAGAGUCGUUGCGAGAACAAGCGAUCUAGAGGUCAACUCAGGCAGCGUAGAGGAAGCCCUGCGAGACCUCCUCUGGUUCUACCUGAUCGAGCGCGGGUUCUGGAUCGCUCGUCGGGGAAUGAUCAGCCUGAUCUUGGGAACUGGCGUAGAGGAGGUGGAGCAGUUGAAGGGUGUCGUUGGGGACUUCCUGGAAGACUUCCGGGAGCUUGUUUCUGCAUAG